AUGCUUUCUAUAUAUGCACCUCAAUUGAUUCCUAAUGUUGAGGAGAAGUGUCACCAAUUUUUGUAUAGGCUCAGGGUUGUGAUUAGACAACCAUUGAUUCCUCUUGGAAUCAAUGAUUUCUCUGUUCUUAUGGAGAGAGCUAAUAGGAUUGAGCUGGAUCUAGAGGCUACUCAGAGGAGGAGGGAUAUUCAUGUGAGAAGAAUUUCAAAGGGAUCCAAGUUUCCUCAGAGCUCUCAGAAUCUGAUUCCGCUCCCCUGCCGGCGAGAGCAACGGUUUUUGUCCAUCAGCGGCAAUCCUGGCCGACCGCCUCUCAUGGCAAACGGCAAAUCUUCAAAUCCGGAGAACCAAGCCCUCCGCUCCGGAGUGCGCUCCGGACUCAAACGCGAAUUGGCCUUUGCCCUCCAGUCUCAGGCCAGCCUACCUGAUUCUCUCAGUCGGACGCCCGGGGGGCCUGCGGCGGCGUUCCCCGCCGCUUCGCGGUCUCGCGGCGCCAAGAGGUCCAGGAAAUCCAAUGCUUCUGAGGAGAAUCGAACGAUUUGCGGGCCGGAUGCGGCGGUGUCUAUCGGAGUCGGUAACAUUCCAUCAGGAGGAGUCGCUGCUGAGGUUGCAAUCGUUAAUACGAUAAAAGAAGGAUCUCAGAAUGGUGCGAUGGAUGCUCCAACUUCGUCAGAGAAUAUACAAGGAUUGGAUAAGGAUGGUCUCAGUUUGAAUGCUUUAGUCUUCGAUGACAGCAAUGAAGGGUUGGAAGAUGAGGUCCCGCUAGAGAAGCCGGUUGUAAUGUAUAAAAGGUCUGUUAUAAAGAGUAAGUUGGACAACUUCGCGAAAACUCCGCUACCUCCAUCGCCAUUUCCUUCCUUACAGCCUGUAUCAGUGGCCCCUGAAUCGCUCUUUGAGAGCGAUAAAGAUAAGGCGAGCGGUUGUCACCUGGAAAAUGGACCGGCGAUGGAGCAUCCAAUUGUGUCAAAGCGCCGCAGUGACUACAAAAUUGAUAAUGGAGGGGCAGAGAAGCGAACAAGGCGAUUCACCAGGUCGGCCUUAAAGCUAAAUCCUGUUACCAAAACUCCUAUAGCCAUUGAGCAGGAACAGAAUCAUGUGGAAGUAAUGCCUUCUUCAGCAACUUCUCUUACAGUCGAGCAGGAAGAGAACCCUGUGGAAGUAAUGCCUUUUUCAGCAACAUCUCUUACUGUCAAGCAGGAAGAGAAUUUGGUGGAAAUCCCUAUCAUUCUUGAUGAACAUGGCGGAUUAGAAUUUGAGAAUGGACAUCUGGAUGGGUCAUUGAAAACUGAAAUUGAAGGUCCUGUGGCAGUAACAAUAGCUUCAGGAAGUGGUGAAAAUCUUUACUUGAAUGAAAUGGAUGAUGCGAGUCAAUUGGAGAAACCUUCCCGUAGAUUUAUGAAGUCUGUGUUAAAGGGUGCAAUUGAAACACCUGCAAAUGCAGAGGGGUUUACAUCUACCAGUUGUGAUUCUGUUGGAUCAGAGGAAUUAAAAGGGGAUACGUAUACUCUUAGUGAGAGUCUAAGUAUGACUCCAAAGUGUAAGAUGGAACUGAAAAUGUCAAAGAAGAUUACUUUGACAAAGCUUCCAUCUAAUGUCAGAGAUUUGUUAGGCACUGGCUUGCUUGAAGGAUUGCCUGUGAAGUACAUUUCUUGCAUUGGUAAGAAUUUUGGGCUUCAGGGUGUCAUAAGGGGAAAUCGCAUAUUGUGCUCUUGUCCCUCAUGCCAAGGAACAAACGCUGUUUCAGCAUAUCAGUUUGAGGUUCAUGCUGGUAGUACCAAAAAACAUCCAUCAGAUUUUAUCUUUUUGGAAAAUGGCAAGAGUCUUCGGGAUGUGUUGAAAUCUUGCAUUGGUGCGCCUCUGGACAUGUUGGAAGUUGUAAUCCAGAAUGCAAUUGGUCCCUCACCUCCAAAGAAUCUUCAUGUCUGCAAGAAGUGCAAAGAAGCUUUUGAUACUGCACGCACUGGAAAUUUUGCUUUAUUAUGCGAUUCGUGUCUUGAAAUUAGCCCUCGUCCGGCAACUCCAACCACAUCAAAUGGGAUGACCAACUCUUCCAAGAAAGUUUGUGUACCUACUGCAUCUGAUGGCAAGCCUAAGAGCAUAUCUUUGCAGAAAAGACCAAGCUACGGAAAACUAACAAGAAAGGAUUUGGGACUACACAAGUUGGUCUUUAUGGAUGACAUCUUGCCUCAGGGAACUGAAGUAGGAUACUAUGUUCGUGGAAAGAAGUUGCUUAAUGGUUAUAUAAAAGAUUCAGGAAUAUUCUGUUGCUGUUGCAACAAUGUGGUCAGUCCUUCACAAUUUGAAGCUCAUGCUGGCCAAGCAUCAAGACGCAAGCCUUAUAAUUAUAUAUAUACUUCAAAUGGAGUCUCGCUUCAUGAGCUAUCAGUUUCCUUAUCAAAAGGCCGUAAAUUGUCACCCACGGAAAACGAUGAUCUUUGUGGCAUUUGCGCAGAUGGCGGAGAUCUUCUACUCUGUGAUCGGUGCCCCAGAGCUUUUCAUAAAGAAUGUGUGGGUUUGUCAAGCAUUCCAAAUGGGGAUUGGUACUGUCAGUAUUGUGAAAAUUUGCAUCAAAAAGAGAAGCAUCUGGCACAUAAUGACAAUGCCAUUGCUGCUGGAAGGGUUGCUGGAGUUGAUCCCAUAGAACAAAUCAUGACGCGGUGCAUUCGUAUCGUCACUACACCAGAGAAUGACGCUGGUGCAUGUGCAUUGUGCAGACAGCAUGCUUUCAGCAGAACUGGAUUUGAUCGGUAUACAGUUAUUAUUUGUGACCAGUGCGAAACUGAGUAUCAUGUCGGUUGUCUAAGGGAUAAUAACAUGGCUGAUCUUAAGGAGUUACCUGAAGGUGAGUGGUUCUGUUGCCCAGAUUGCAGUAGGAUUCAUUCUACUUUGCAUGAGUUGCUUCGUCAAGAACCACAAGUGCUUGAAGACUUGGAUGCAGACAUCAUAAAGAAGAAGCUUGAUGAAAAAGGUCUAAGUAGUGAUUCUGCUGCCGAUGUAAGAUGGAAACUUCUAAGUGGAAAACAUGAUCCGGAAUGCAGUAAACACUUAUUAUCUCAGACAGUAUCUCUAUUCCAUGAAUCAUUUGAUCCUAUAGUUGAACCCAUUUCUGGUCGCGACCUUAUUCCUUUCAUGGUUUAUGGUAGGAAUAUGAGGGACCAAGAUUUUGGGGGGAUGUAUUGUAUGGCUUUGACAUUGAACUCAUCAGUUAUAUCUACUGGGCUGCUACGUGUCUUGGGACGUGGAGUCGCUGAACUUCCGCUAGUUGCCACAAAAAGGGAAUAUCGGGGGCUGGGCUUCUUCCAAUUCCUGUUCUCUUGCAUCAAGCGAUUGUUAAACUCCCUCAAUGUCAAGCACUUUGUGCUCCCUGCAGCCGAAGAAGCUGAAUCCAUCUGGACAGAGAAGUUUGGCUUCAGCAAAGUAACACCAGCCCAGUUGCGAGAGUAUGUGAAAGGCGCACGGCCCAUGAGUUUUCAUGGGACUUCAAUGCUCCACCGUCAGCAGGAACUUGCCUUGGUGCCCGACGAAGGAGCUAUCGAGCAGCCAUCUUAA